GGCAGGAAUUGCACGAUCUGGCAGGAGAAAUACCUUUUACAACAUGCUGAAGAUGCAAAGAUACCAGUGUGAAAACCGUCCCUUCAAGGAGAGGAAAAGUUUUGCAACUCGGAUAAAUGAGACAACAGAAAUUCGGGGGAAGUAUCCCAACAAAAUUCCAGUGGUAGUGGAACGUUACAGGAAGGAGAAGACUCUUCCCCAGUUGGAUCGGAUCAAGUAUUUGGUUUCUCCAGAUAUAUCCCUGUCCCAGUUUCUUUUCACUCUGAGAACCCGGCUGUCCCUCACAGCUACACAAGCCUUCUAUUUACUCGUGAACAAUCAAACCUUACCCUGUCCUAGUCUGACUAUUUUGGAGAUCUACAAUGACAACAAGGAUGAAGAUGGCUUCCUCUAUAUGACCUAUGCUUCUCAAGAGAUGUUUGGUGCAGGAGUCUCUUCGGAACACCAAUGAAGCCAUCUCGGUGGGGGGGGGAUCCAUGCCUCCCUAAGAGCCAAAAAUCAGUGAAAAAAAAUAAUUUAAAGACCGUUUUUGCACGAGAAUGGCAUGGGAGGGUCUUCGCAGCCAGCCACAGGAUUUUCUCUUAUGACUUUGGUCCCUGAUGCUACUACUUCACUGUUUCACUUGAAUGGAAUUUUGGGACGACGUGGGGCUUUGAGGUUCUUACUAACUCUGCGAGUUGUUAGCUUAAUCCACUGCCAACUUAUUUUUUUAAUUAGUCUUACUGUUUUAUUUAUUUAUUCAUUUAUUUAUUUUCUUCACAAAAUGAAUUUCACUUCCCAUUGCACGC